GACAGGGGCUGCUGGCUGCAGCCGUAGCCGUCCGGGGGCGGGGGUCGGCCCCACGUGUGGGCACAGCGUGGGUUGCGAAGGUUUUGAUUAAUGUGACUUUGUAAGGAUAAAACAAAGAAGAGUAAUGAAGGAUUGUUUUGUAAAUUCCACAGAAAAGGACCUCUCUGAUGCUGAAUAUGAAAGCAAGGGAUAUGCCAAUCCUUCUUUACAGCAUGAUGAAAAUCUGGAACAAAGUGAACAGUUAAAGUCCAGGAAAACGAAGGAAAAUGAGAAGCCAAAGAAAAAGGUGGUUGGCAUUUUUGAACUGUUUUGCUAUGCAGACUGGGUGGAUGUUCUUUUGAUGGUGGUUGGCUUGAUAGCAGCUGCUGCAAAUGGUACUGGAUUGCCCCUUAUGAUCAUUGUCUUUGGAGAGAUGACGAACAGCUUUGUGCUAAGUGGUGUGAAAACAAAUGUAUCAGAAGAUGCUUCAGUAAAUAGUUCCAGCUGUCCAUCAAUUCCAAGCAUAGAUAUAGAAGCUGAAAUGACCAAGUUCGCUUACUAUUAUGUGGGACUUGGCUUUGCUGUGUUGAUCCUGAGCACCAUCCAAGUAUGGACAUUUUUGAUUUCUGCUAUGAGACAGACAGCAAGGAUCCGGCAGAAGUUCUUUUUUGCAGUGCUCCAUCAGGAAAUGGCUUGGUUUGAUACUACCCAGAUAGGAACACUGAAUACCAGGCUGACUGAUGACAUCAACACCAUCCAUGAAGGCAUCGGAGACAAGAUCUGUAUAUUUGUCCAGUUUUUUGCCACAUUUGUGGCAGGGAUUAUUAUAGGAUUCAUCUACGGGUGGAAGCUGACACUGGUGAUUUUGUCAGUCAGCCCUCUGCUUGCUGCAUCAGCAGCAGUUUGGUCAACUCUCCUGUCAACCCUUACUACUAAAGAGCUGUCUGCUUAUGCCAAAGCAGGAGCUGUGGCAGAAGAAAUUUUGACAGCCAUCAGGACUGUUGUGGCUUUUAAUGGACAGCAGAAGGCAUUAGCAAAGUACGAUGCUCAGUUAGAGAUGGCUAGGAGUAUUGGACUGAAAAAAUCAAUUAUCACUGACACAUCCCUAGGUGUUUCACAAUUUAUUAUCUUUGGAUCCUAUGCACUUGCAUUUUGGUAUGGAACCAAGCUUACUGCUGAAGAGGAAAAUUAUAAUAUUGGCUCUGUGUUAAUUGUAUUCUUCUCUGUGCUCAUUGGAACCUUCUCCCUGGGCCAGGCAGCUCCCAACCUGGAGAGUGUGGCUAAUGCACGUGGGGCUGCCUAUGAAGUAUAUCGGAUUAUCAAUAAGAAACGGCUCAUAGAUAGCAGUUCCAAGGAAGGCUACAAACCAGACAAGCUCAUAGGAGAAAUUGAGUUCAGAAACAUCCACUUCAGUUAUCCAUCCAGACCUGAUGUUAAUAUCCUCAGAGGUCUAAACUUGAAAGUUCAAACUGGGAAGACCAUUGCUUUGGUUGGUGCCAGUGGCUGUGGAAAAAGCACAACUGUUCAGUUGUUGCAGAGAUUCUAUGAUCCUAUCCAGGGAGAAAUUACCUUAGAUGGUCGGGAUAUUCGGACUCUUAAUGUAAAGUGGCUAAGAGAAAAUAUUGGUAUUGUGAGCCAGGAGCCUGUUUUGUUUGCAACAACAAUAGCAGAGAACAUUCGCUACGGCCGAGAAGAUAUUUCUGAUGCUGAAAUUGAGCAAGCAGCCAAGGAAGCCAAUGCUUAUGACUUCAUAUCUAGACUUCCUGAUAAAUUUAACACCAUGGUAGGGGAAAGAGGGGCUCAGCUGAGUGGAGGACAGAAGCAGCGAAUAGCUAUUGCCCGUGCCCUGGCAAGAAAUCCCAAGAUUCUUCUUUUGGAUGAAGCUACAUCUGCACUAGAUACUCAGAGUGAAUCCAUAGUUCAAGCAGCUCUUGAUAAGGCUCGGACUGGUCGUACCACUAUUGUGAUUGCUCACAGACUGUCUACCAUCAGGACUGCUGACACUAUUGCUGGAUUUGAGAAAGGCAUUGUGGUUGAACAGGGAACACACAGUGAACUCAUGCUGCAGAAGGGGGUCUACUAUUCUCUUGUAAUGCAGCAGGGUUGUAGCAAUAAUGUUCAAGAUGAUGGGACAUCAGAAGAAAGUGAAGACAUGAGGGCUGAUAAAUACGAAGAAAGUGACAGAAAUGAUCUUGUGGAGGCACUGACUCUUCAUGAUAAUGUUGAAGAAAUCCUAGACAUGAUGGUGUCUGGGAAGGGCAGCAUUCGAAGAAGAUCAAGCAGAUAUAAGAAGUGCUCUUCUAAGGAAAACUUCUUUGAAAAAAAGAAAAAAAAAGAACUGGAGGAAGAAAAUCUCCCUGCUGUGCCUUACUCAAGAAUCUUGGCUCUGAACAAACCUGAGUGGCUGUAUGUACUGCUGGGAGUCAUUGCUGCUGCCAUCUCAGGUGGGGUCCAUCCUGCAUUCGCUGUUAUAUUUGGAAAAAUCAUUGGGGCUUUUCAAGAAACAGAUCCAGAAAAGAGGAGUAAAAACACUGUGGUGCUUUCUUUAAUGUUUCUUUUAAUUGGAGUGAUUACCUUAGUAGCAUAUGUAGUCCAAGGAUUUAUGUUUGGGAAGUCUGGGGAAAUGCUAACAAAGAGGCUCCGCUCUCUGUCCUUCAGAGCAUUACUUCAGCAGGAGAUUGGAUGGUAUGAUGAUCAGAAAAAUGCUGUUGGCGUUCUGCUAACUCGACUUGCCACAGAUGCUUCCCAAGUAAAAGGGGCAACUGGACGCCGCCUUGGACUGAUGACCAUGUCUGUCUUUACCCUUCUGACUGCCAUCAUUAUUGCUUUUGUGUAUGGCUGGCAGUUAACUUUGCUUAUCCUGGCCUGCAUUCCUUUUGUUGUUGUUACAAAUGCUGCGAGAGUUAGCUCUGUGUCUGGUCAUGCUGCAAAAGAUCAAAAAGCUUUGGAAGAGGCUGGAAGAAUUUCCACAGAAUCAGUUGAAAACAUAAGAACUGUAGCUUCACUGACCCGGGAAGAAGCAUUUUAUGAAAGAUACAUUACAAGUUUGAAUGAUCCAUAUAGAGAUUCCCUGGCAAAAGCCCCUUUCUAUGGAUUUACUUACGGAGUGGCUCAGUGUGCAAACUACUUUAUUAAUGCAGCAGUCUUCAGAUUUGGGGCCUGGCUCAUUGCCCAUUGUCUGAGCAACUUUGAAAACGUAUUUAUAGUCUUCUCUUCCAUCAUAUUUGCAGCUAUGAAUGUUGGUCAGUCUGCUUCCCUGGCACCAGAUUAUGGCAAAGCUAGAAUGUCAGCUCAAAGAAUCUUCAAACUUUUGGACAGAAACCCUCUGAUUGACAGUUAUAGUGAAGAAGGUGAAAAAUUGAGCAAUUUUGAAGGCAACAUUGAAUUCAGAAACAUUAAUUUUGUCUAUCCAACGAGGCCAGAAGUUCAGGUUUUGCAAGGACUCAACGUGAAGGUGAACAAAGGACAGACUCUGGCAUUAGUAGGAAGCAGCGGCUGUGGCAAAAGCACAUCCAUUCAGCUCUUGGAGAGAUUUUAUGACCCUGUGGAAGGACAAGUGUUAGCAGACGGAUGGGAUACCAGAUCUUUGAAUUUACAAUGGCUGAGGUCCAGGCUGGGCCUUGUGUCACAGGAACCCAUUUUAUUUGACUGCAGCAUUGCUGAAAAUAUUCAAUAUGGAGACAACAGUAGGGUGGUUAGUCAGGAAGAAAUUGAAGCAGCAGCUAAAGCAGCAAAUAUUCACACCUUCAUUGAGAAACUACCACAGAAAUAUAAUACCCCAGUGGGUGAGAAAGGAGCACAACUUUCUGGAGGUCAAAAGCAAAGAAUAGCAAUUGCCCGUGCUCUAGUUCGUAAUCCUACCGUUCUGCUUCUGGAUGAAGCCACCUCUGCUCUUGACACAGAAAGUGAAAAGAUUGUCCAGAAAGCCUUGGAUAACGCCCGGCAAGGCCGAACCUGCAUCGUCAUUGCCCACCGCCUCAGCACCGUGAGGACCGCAGACAUCAUUGCAGUGAUCCAGAAUGGCAGGGUAGUUGAGCAGGGAACCCACAACCAGCUACUGGCAAAGCAAGGAUAUUACUAUGCCCUCGUAAAUGCACAAGUCUCUCAUUAGUAAUGUUUUCCAAUUUUUUUUUUCUUAAUUUUUUUUUCUGAGAAGACACGAAAAGGUAACAGAGAAUUCAUGGCUGCAUCUGUGCUGAUGGAGCAGAAAGCAUGGUGCAGCCUGGUUGCUGUACCUGGUAUAGCCCUCUCCCCACACAUCCAUGGGGGUGAGCAGUGUGUGCCCCAGAGUGGGUCAUGGAAGGUGCACAGGGGAGUCCCAGGGACUGAAUCUUCUGGGCAGUUGUGAGGAUUGAGUGAUGUGGAGGGAGCCAGACCUGGAGUAGUCUCAUUCACACACAGCUUAGGUGGGUCACUCACUGCUCUCACUGUCCCCCCAAACCUUGGCCCAUGCCAGGUGCUAUAACCUAAGGAAAUACCAGCCUGACACUGGUUAAGUAGCAUGGAUAAGCAGUGAGUUGAUGCUGGUGCUUGCCCUUAGGUUUCUUCACCAGCCAUGCAGCUAUGGAGCCUCUUUAAUUAAAAGAUGGCUGUCAAGUCUUACUGACUGCUGAGAAUCCAAAUAAAAGCAUUUAUAUUAAGUUUAGAGAGGGACCAAAUAUGUGGGUUUGUUGGGUUUUUCUCCACUUUAUGCCACAUUUCUAA